AUGGCACACCUAAACUCGUACGUGAAUAAAAUUGGGCGCAUGACGUGCAAAAGCUCACGAGCCAUCUCUCUCUCUAAACGCGCUCUCUCUUGUGUUGCCCCCGCAGGCGUGCCGCAGCUGGACCUGACGGGGCUGGUUGGCGAGACGGUGCGGUUGCCCUGCAAAGUGGACACGGAGACUUGCGGCGACAUGCACAGCAUCAAGUGGUACAGGGGCUCGUCUCGCAUCUACGUCUUCAGCGAGAUGUCGAACAUCGCCCACGCCGAAGGAGACUACACCGCUAGUUUUAAAAUAAGAUGUGACCGGCGGCAUUUUGCUAAUAAGCGCAACAGGAAGUUUUGUCUUUUUGUACACGCAGCAAAGAGCAAUCUCAAGUCUAACUUUCGCUCAGUGAAGUUGCUUGAAGAUUCGCGCAAGACCUUUCUGAAGGAAAGUGGCCACAGAAAGCAGAAACGUGGAGCACUUUCUUCUUAA